GCAUUUCAGCGUGACACGCAUGUGGAGGAAGUAAGCUGACAGGCAUUUGUCAGAGCCUCAUUUUUCUGACCGGCUUGCAUAAGUCUUGUAAUAUCAAUUGUCAGAAAAAAUGUCCUGGCUGUUUGGCCUUAACAGGGGGCAGCCUGAAGCCCCCCCACCCGGCCCGCAACCACCUCCGCCGCCAGCCCCGGCCGGUGGAACCGGUGGCGGUGGAGAUAAACUCAAGGACAAAUGGAGCAGCUUCGAUCCGACUGGGCUGGAGCGAGCUGCACAGGCAGCCAAAGACCUCGACAAGUCUCGCCAUGCCAAGGAAGCUUUGGACCUGUCUCGUAUGCAAGAGCAGACGGUACAGCUGGAGCAUCAGAGUAAAUUUAAGGAAUAUGAGGCAGCAGUGGAGCAACUGAAAGGAGAUCAAAUCCGUAUCCAGGCUGAGGAGAGAAGGAAAACCAUGAGUGAGGAGACCAAACAGAAUCAGGCGAGAGCCCAGUACCAGGAUAAGCUAGCUCGGCAGCGAUAUGAAGACCAGCUUCGACAACAGCAAGCCAUAAAUGAGGACAACCUUCGUAAGCAGGAGGAGUCUGUGAAUAAACAGGAGUCCAUGAGAAAAGCCACCAUCGAGCACGAGAUGCAGCUGAGGCACAAGAACGAGCUGCUGCGCAUAGAGGCGGAGUCCAAAGCCCGGGGCCGCGUGGAGCGGGAGAACGCAGACAUCAUCCGCGAGCAGAUCCGCCUGAAGGCGGCUGAGCACAGGCAGACCGUUCUGGAGUCUAUAAAGACUGCGGGGGCUGUGUUCGGAGAGGGCUUCAGGGCUUUUGUGUCGGACUGGGACAAAGUCACAGCUACGGUAGGAGGGUUGACCCUGCUGGCGGUGGGCGUCUACACGGCCCGCAACACGACCGCAGUGGCCGGCCGCUACGUCGAAGCCCGGCUGGGCAAGCCGUCCCUGGUCAGGGAGACGUCCCGCAUCACCGUGGCAGAAGCCAUCAAGCAUCCCAUCAAGACGACGAGGCGGUUGAGGAGCAAACCACAGGAUGCCUUGGAGGGAGUCGUGCUGAGCCCUUCACUGGAAGAGCGUGUGCGAGACAUUGCCAUAGCAACUCGAAACACACGGCAGAACCGUGGCCUUUACAGGAAUAUCCUCAUGUAUGGCCCGCCAGGAACUGGAAAAACUCUAUUUGCCAAGAAACUGGCGAUGCAUUCCGGGAUGGACUUUGCGAUCAUGACGGGAGGCGACGUGGCCCCCAUGGGUCGUGACGGUGUCACAGCGAUGCACAAAGUGUUCGACUGGGCCAACACCAGCCGGCGCGGAUUAUUGCUCUUUGUUGAUGAGGCCGAUGCCUUUCUACGCAAGCGAUCUACUGAAAAGAUCAGUGAAGACCUCAGAGCCACAUUAAACGCCUUCCUUUAUCGUACCGGAGAACAGAGCAACAAGUUUAUGAUGGUGCUGGCCAGUAACCAACCAGAGCAGUUUGACUGGGCCAUCAACGACCGUAUUGAUGAGAUAGUGAACUUUGCGCUGCCAGGCCCUGAAGAGAGGGAGAGGCUGGUGCGACUGUACUUUGAUAGAUACGUGCUGGAGCCGGCCACUGGAGGGAGGCAGAGGCUGAAGCUCGCCCAGUUUGACUACGGUCUCAAGUGUUCUGACAUUGCCAAGCACACAGAGGGGAUGUCUGGCAGAGAGAUCUCCAAGCUGGGAGUGGCCUGGCAGGCGGCGGCGUACUCCUCUGAGAGUGGGAUCCUGACGGAGGCCAUGAUUGACGCCCGCGUCCAAGAUGCUGUCAAACAGCACAUCCAGAAGAUGGACUGGCUUCACGGAGAGGGCGUGGAGAGCCUACAAGUGAGGCCCCCCCCUCCCAAGCAGGCCAAUACAGCAGGCGGCGACGGGAAGAUUGGUUUCAUCCUGCCCGUCGCCGAGGUCCCCCAGGCCUCGGAGGUCGUCGCCCCGGUGGUCGAAGGCCUCAACCAACAGAUUCUGCCGCUCGCCAUGGCACCCCUGGCUCAGGAGGUGGUAGCAGCUACGGCUGACGUCAUCAGAGAGAUUCAGCCCCUCGCCCAGGAGGAGGUCGUCGCCGAGGUUGUCGAAAGCAUCAACCAAGAGGUGCUGCCCCUCGCCGAGGCACCCGUAGCUCAGGAGGUGGUGGCUCAGGUGGCCGAGAACAUCAGCCCAGAGGUCUUGCCCCUCACCGAGGCCUCCCUAGCACAGGAAGCGGUCGCUCCCGUAGACAUCACCCAAGAGAUUCUGCCCUUCGCAAAGGAGGUGGUCGUUCCUAUUGACGUCAGCCAGGAGAUUCUGGCUGACGCCCCCGUAGUGACGGAGGUGGUCGCUCCGGUUGAGGUCGCCAAGGAGAUUCUGGCUGACGCCCCCCUAGCUCAGGAGGUCAUCGCCCCGGUUGACAUCGCAGUUGACCUCACCGAGACCCCCCUAGCUCAGGAGGUCAUCGCCCCAGUUGACCUCACCGAGACCCCCCUAGCUCAGGAGGUCAUCACCCCAGUUGAGAUCACCGAGACCCCCCUAGCUCAGGAGGUCAUCGCCCCGGUUGACAUCGCCGUUGAAAUUACUGAGACCCCCCUAGCACAGGAGGUCAUCGCCCCAGUUGACCUCACCGAGACCCCCCUAGCACAGGAGGUCAUCGCCCCAGUUGACCUCACCGAGACCCCCCUAGCACAGGAGGUCAUCGCCCCAGUUGACCUCUCCGAGACCCCCCUAGCUCAGGAGGUCAUCGCCCCAGUUGACCUCUCCGAGACCCCCCUAGCACAGGAGGUCAUCGCCCCAGUUGACAUCGCUGUUGACCUCACCGAGACCCCCCUAGCUCAGGAGGUCAUCGCCCCAGUUGACAUCGCUGUUGACCUCACCGAGACCCCCCUAGCUCAGGAGGUCAUCGCCCCAGUUGACCUCACCGAGGCCCCAGUUGACCUCACCGAGGCCCCCGUAGCUCAGGAGGUCAUCGCCCCAGUUGACCUCUCUGAGGCCCCCCUAGCACAGGAGGUCAUCACCCCGGUUGACCUCAUCAAAGAGGAGAUGGCUCCGCCUACUACAACCACCGUUGACCUGACGGAAGAGAGCAAAUCUGCUCCAGUUGAGGACGGCAUUAAACAGGAGAUUGCCCCACCCACUUUGAACACCGUUGAGCUGACGGAAGAGAGCAAAUCUGUGCCACCAGUGGAUCAGGUCUCUGACGUUGGAGUCAAGGCAGAGAGCGUAGGUGAACCUGCUGCUGCUACUCCUUCCAGUGAGAAGGAAAAGGAGGUAAAGACUGUAUCUCCUCCGCCAAAGGAUGGAACCCCUGUGUGAGGAGGAUGGAUGAACCACAACGGAGGUGCUGGGAUCAAACAAAAGAAAAAGAGUAUGCUGGCCCUUGUACCCAAGUGAUGUCUGUGUCUGAUGACGUCUCCGGAACAACGCCGCUGGAAUAUGGGGAAUGCAAGGGGCCACUCAAAUCGGUGACCUUAAAAUAUGCCUGACACUGAUUCAUGUUGAUAUAUCUGUCAAAGUGUACUUUCUAUGGAAACCGUAUGUCUUUAAUUAAUGUUUACAGAUUAUUAACAUUACAAAUAGUAACAUUAUUAAAAUUGUGUGAUUGUGAUUUUCUAUAUAAAUGAUGGAAU